CGCGGUUCGAGGUGCUUUGCUUGCCCACUUGGUCUUUCGGCUCUGGAGAAAACUAAUCGUAUCGAAUCGAAUUGAAUCUGGGGAAAAUCAGUCCGAGUCCCAGCUACACAGUUCAGUUUCGCUUCCCAGUCCAACUAUAAAAGUGCGCUGCAGUCCCAGUCAAACAACUGCAUUCAGAUACAAACUAUCAAAGUCUCAAACUAUUGCCAAUUGCAUUUUCAUGAGCUAACUGUCUCGCAUCGCGUGUGAAAAGUUACAAACAGAAACAAAACAACCCAAUAACAAUUGCCAACGGUUAAUGUUAAUGUCCAGGCAAUUAUAAAAAGCAAUUCGAUUGUCUGACUUACGCAAGGCCAACUACAAUUACCAAUAAAUACGGCGAAUAAAGCAGCACAGAAAUCCCAAUUUGGAUUUAUUAAUAGCGCUGUAUAAAAAAAAAAAAACAUAAAACAACAACCGUUGCUGUAAAUAACCCAACAAAUUGCCAUCAGCAGCCAACAUGUCGAUCGCCAGUGUUCACGGUCCCCAAAUCGCCGACAUCUGCAGUCCCCUGUCGCAUCACAAUCUCGGUCUGUCUGCCUCGCUGCCAGAUCUGGUGGGCAGUCCCCUGGAGAUCAGCAUGGACAACGUGCUGACCAUCGAGGAGCUGCGCCAGCACAUGGGCUCCUGCUUCACCUGCGGCGUCUCCUGGACGGACGACCAUGUGUCCCUCGACUGCAGCGAGUGCGGUGGCUACAGCCUGGAGCGUCCCUGUCCUCUGUGCGACGGUCAGUGCGGUGUCCAGUGGAAACGUGAUUUCGCCAUGUCCCAUGCCUGCAGCCAAGCUCGCUGGGUGGGCGUGUGCAUCAGCUAUCCGGAAGUCGUGGCCGGAGUCCAGUUGCCCGUUGGAGCAAACGCUGGAGCCGCCACCUCGUGUGCCGCCGCCGCUGCGAAUCAACUGCGUCUGGCCCAGGAGCUGUGCUCCCGCCUAGAACAGCUGUCCACGUCGACGGCGAGCAAAAGCGGUCGCAUCUAGAGCGGAGUCUUCCGCAUAGUUCCUUCGACAGCCAGACUGCAAACACGCCUCCACAUCAGCCACACCCCCGCACACAGCCAUUCAUCCAGAUAGCAGAAGCAAAAGCAGAAGCAGAAGCGGAAAGCUGGAGCAGAAUCACCCCCACCUGCACACCCAAACACACAGUCUCUCACCCGUAAUUUAGGGCCUAAUUACUAAGCUUUUUAGCUGUUAGUUAUUAUUGUUGUGCAGCGUUGAGUCUUUAGUUCUUUGUUUUGCACACCAUUUUUUUUGUUUUAUGAUUUCGCCUCACCUCACCGGUUUCGUUUUCGUUCCGUUUCGUUGUGUGACUAUGCAAAUGUUUAGCAACUAAGUUAGUUCCUUUGUUUACCUUCUAAUGGCACCAUUUUGUUUGCACACAUGACCUGUUCUAUCCAGGAAAAGACUUCUUUCUGCUUAGACUUAAGCCGAGUUUAGGCAUUGCAGUGAUAACGGUGAUAUUAGCCAGAAAGAAUCGUGAGCAAAUAGUGAAUUUACAAUGAUGUAGCAAAUGUCUAACGAUAGCUAUAGCGAUAUGAGAUGAUCAUUUUUGUAUAACCCACACACACACAACAAACAGCCCGUGUAAUCGUGUAAUCGCGUAGAGAUUGUUGUUAACAAUUAGUUAGUUGUUGCUUUCUGCCUUGUGUCAAAGCUUGUUCGAAGCGAGGAGCUCCGCGGGCACAGAUCAAAGCCAGCUGCGAUGGUGCCGGCGGAGGGCUCAGUGAGCGAAAGAAAGAAUCUUCCAAAUUGCAUAAUGCUCAACAAAGUAACUACAGGAUUGAACAGUCUCUCCAAAGGGGGAAAGUGAAAGCGCGAAAAUUAAGGAAUUAAGGAUGUGAAAACACCACGCACAA